AUGGAAAGUUAUGCACGACCAUUGCCUAAGAAUUGUAUUCGUUUUGAUAAUUUCAUGCGAAAAGAUAUUCAUUUGAAAUUUGAGAUACCGGUGCCGUUGAGAGACAGACCGGGAAAACUGAUAUACUUUUCAUUGGGAUCUAUGGGUGCGGCAGAUGUGGACAAUAUGAAGAGAUUAGUGAAUAUUUUGUCCAAAUCUAAGCACAGGUUUAUUGUAUCGAAAGGACCGCUUUAUGACGAGUACUCAUUGGCUGACAAUAUGUGGGGCGAGGGGUCUGUCCCUCAGAUCCAAGUCUUACCGUUAGUUGAUUUGGUGCUAACCCACGGCGGCAACAAUACUGUCACCGAGAGUUUCUAUUUUGGUAAACCUAUGAUAGUUAUGCCACUAUUUGGUGAUCAAUACGAUAACGCACAGAGAGUGGAGGACAAGGGGUUUGGUAUACGACUCGAUGCCUACAAGUGCUCCGAAGAGGAGUUAUUGAAUGCAAUCGAAAACCUAUUGAACGAUACGGAAAAUUAUGAAAAGUUACAGCAAAUAUCGCAAAGAAUACAAUCGGAUAAUAGUAUCGCAAAACUGCCCGAAAUUAUUGGAGAUUUUGCAUUAAUUAUAAUCAUCUCAUUUGUCGUAACUUACGACUCCAAUGUAUGGCAAAGAGGUAUAACACCGGCCGAUAUCAAUGAGAAAUGCCUUCGUUUAUGUGCCGACUAUUUGGGCGGCGUUUGGCUUAAGUUAACCACUGAUGACAUCGACAUAAAGAUAAUAAGCGGUGGUUUCACUAAUCAGUUAUACUAUUGCGGUCUUAAUGAAGACACGCGACGGUCGGUCGGUGUCGGCGAUGAACCACAAGAAGUGACAAUAAAAUUAUAUCAAAAUAAAUAUUUCAAUAAUUCCGGUGACGAAGAAAACGAGAGACUCAGCGAUACUAUUAUCGCACAAAUCACUUCCGAUAGGCAUUUGGGACCAAAAAUAUACGGACUCUUCCAAAGCGGACAAAUCAUGAAAUAUUAUCGACAGAAGAAGUGGUCGUACGACGACAAAGAUAAUGUUGAAUUGGUGGACAAGUUGGCCAAAAUCUUAGCUGCCAUACACUGCCUGGAAGUGCCCAUUAAACGCAACCCGAAAUGGAUAUUUCGCUAUUGCGACCACUUUUACAACUUAGCAAAAGAUAGGUUUGACUUAAACUCAAUGUUUAAUGAAUACAAUUUAGAGACACUGAAAGCGCACGUCAUAUAUCGUGAGAUGCAAUGGAUUGAGCGUUUGGUGACCGAAGAGAGUGACUUUGACAUCACUUUCGCGCACAACGAUAUGAGCGCAUCCAAUAUAAUGGUCACCGAAACCGAUGGUAUAGUUGUGUGCGAUUACGAGUACUCGUGUAUCGGUUACCGGGGCUACGAUUUCGGCACAUUUUUCCUCUGGUGGGGCAGAAAUGCCGACGAAUUACGGAAACCACACGUGUUUCCCGACGACCCGUCCAUUCGGCCACUCGUCGACGCCUACAUCCGGGAGUCAAUCAAAUUAAAUGGCAUUCAGUGGUCGACAGACCCGAGAAAUUCAGUCCAAAGUCUGUUACGAGAGAUCAAAGUUUUUACGUUAGUUUCGUAUCUGUUUUACGCCUUAUAUUAUUUGUCGUUCAAUGAAUGGAAGUCUAAUUUGCCGUUUGAUAAGAAGAUAUCAAUGAAGAACGAGUUCAGCGAAUUAGAAAAUACUGGACUUAAGACAGAUAAUAAAUGCCGAGAUGUGAAUUACUUGCAUGUAUUGGAUCCACAAAUGAACUGUUAG